AUGUCUUCCUACAAAGCUGUGAUAUUCGAUAUGGGCGAUGUCCUCUUCUCCUGGAAUCCCCAGCCGACUGCCCAAAUAUCUCUCCAGACCUUGCAUCUCAUGACCCAAUGCGAUCGCUGGUUCGACCUUGAGCGUGGAACCAUCACUCCAGAAGACUGUUACCGUGAGCUAGGCAGGCGAUUCUCUGUCAACGGAACUGAAAUUGCCGCCGCGUUCGAGCAGGCAACUGAGUCUCUGACGCCCAACAGCACCAUGACUUCGUUGGUGCAAGAUUUGAAGCAACACAACAUUCGUGUUUACAUGAUGACCAACAUUCCACGCUCAAAUUAUGACCAACUUCGGGAGAUGGAGUAUAUCUGGAACGAAUUCGACGAGAUUUUUGCUUCGGGGUAUAUGGGAAUGCGGAAACCAGACCAGUGUUUCUACGAGCAUGUUUUGGGUGUCAUCAAUGUGCCACCAACCGAGACGAUUUUCGUGGAUGACAGGAUGGAGAAUAUCGUGUCUGCUAUCAAGCUUGGAAUGUCGGGGAUUCAAUGUGUUAACGUUGUUGAGACAUGCGAAAAAAUACGACUCAUGACUGGUAUCUAA